CGACUACAAUUGCAACAACUCGAAGAAAUUGACUCCUCCAAACCCAGUCCAAUACAUCGCCAGGAGCCUGUCUUACUGAACUUUUCUUUUCUCAUCAACGAAACUAAUCAACUCUAAUCCUUCGACCUCUGUCACUUUGCAUUUACGGCUGUGAAGGAUCGUCACUCAUUUAACAACAUCGUCGGCACUCACCUGGAGAAUCAACACCUUCUUCUCUUUGGGCUUCUGGUCUUGGUCAACUUACCCCAUACAAAGCUCGCUUCACUCGAGCACACCACCCAGGGCCUGUCUUGCUUUGGCCUGUACCGGUGUAGAUACGCCUUGAACCCGUUCUACACAAAACACACAGCAACCACUCACCGCCCCCGUGGGCACCCAUCAACAAACACCAUGGCCUCCCUCCCCGCCGACGACAUCUACAGCGGCAUCAGCCAAUCCCUCAACUCCACCCACGCCACCCUCGUCCUCCCCAUCCCCACCCCCGACCGCGACCACCUCGAGAACCAACUCCUCUUUUUGUUUGACAACUACGGCCAACUCCUCAACGUAACCACCGCCGACAUCGACCAGCUCAACGGCAUGCUGAUUUCCUCGGCAAUCAACUACGCCACCCAGAUCGGCGCCACCUUCAUCAUGCUAGCCAUCAUGCUGCUCAUGACCCCCCGGCGCCGCUUCAAACGGCUGCCCACCAUCAUCAGCCUGCUGGCGCUCUUGCUCAACCUGAUCCGCGUUGUUUUGCUUGCGCUUUUCUAUCCCAGCCACUGGACCGAUUUCUAUGUUCUGUACUCAGGCGACUGGCAGUUCGUUCCCGCAAGCGACAUGCAAAUCAGCGUAGCGGCCACGGUGCUCAGCAUCCCCGUGACUGCACUCCUCUUGUCGGCGCUGAUGGUGCAAGCAUGGAGCAUGAUGCAACUCUGGACUCCCCUCUGGCGGGCCCUCGUCGUUUUGGUCUCUGGUCUUUUGUCUCUGGCAACCGUCGCUAUGUCCUUCGUCAACUGCAUCUUCCAGGCCAAAAACAUCCUCUACGCGGACCCGUUCCCCGAUAGGUGGGUGCGGAAGCUGUACCUCGCGCUGACGACGGGGUCUAUUUCGUGGUUCACUUUUCUGUUCAUGAUCAGGUUGGUCAUGCACAUGUGGACGAACAGGAGUAUCUUGCCGUCGAUGAAGGGGUUGAAGGCUAUGGACGUGUUGAUCAUCACCAACUCUAUCCUGAUGCUGAUCCCCGUCUUGUUUGCCGGGCUGGAGUUCCUCGAUUCAGCGAGCGGGUUCGAGAGCGGUUCGCUCACCCAGACUUCUGUUGUUAUCGUCUUACCGCUAGGCACGCUCGUCGCGCAACGGAUUGCUACGAGGGGAUACAUGCCUGACUCUUUAGAGGGUUCAGGACCUAACAGCAUGCCGCUCAGCGAUUUGAGUCUUACGGGCGGCGGCGGCGGCGGCGGCGGCGGUGGUCACAAAGACAAAGGAAACGGAGGCGGCAAUGGCAUCAUCCCUCCCACCAACACAGCCAACUUCUCCUCCAUCGCCAGCGGCGUCAGCUGUGGCAUUGGCAUUGGCAGCUUGCCCAAGUCCAAGCGCAUGACGUCCAGCUCGGCGUCCUCCAGCCAACGACCUCUCCUCACGACGACUUGCUCAACCAUCUCCUCCACCAACAACGACUCCUCGGGCUUUCCUAGCCCUAGCAUCCACAACACCACGCAGUACCAGUACGCGAUGAACAUGAAUAUGAACAUGCCCAACUUCCCUCCCGUUCCCUACCCCGGGUACAACAGUCGUAACACGGGCGUUACUUCGCACAUUGCCAGCGACGGACACCGAGCCAUGAACAGACAUCCGAGCGUCGACCACUUUGAUCGCGAACUGGCGAGGAUAGAUGACGAAGACGAUAUGGAUAACAACGAUGGUUACCCCUUUGCGUCAUCGGAAAAGGGAGUCAUGGAUGAUGAUGUGGAGAAUCAGAGGGGGAGAACUAUGCCCCCGCCGCAUGGGGGAGUGAGAGUUGAAAGGACUAUUGAGACUAGAAGUGAGAAGAGGAUGCCGUCGCCGAUUCCGAAUCCGCACUUGAAUCCGUUGGGGGUACACACGAAGCCGAGGUCUUUUGAGUAGGGCUGGGAUCCGGCGGUGCUCAUGUCGAUGGUGAUUGGUGGUGCUGGUGAGUCUGGUGAGAGAGUGGAUGGGGGAGAUGAGGAGAAGGGGGAAGAGAAGAAGGAGACGGAGGUGGUAAUGAAGUUUUGAGGUCGAGGUACUGAAUGAGAAAAGAGAGAUGAUUAACAGUGGAGGUGAUACCCUAAUAUGCAGUGAGCCCUCGGAGAUGUGAGAUUCUUUUGGUUGUAUUAUUAAACAGGGGAGACGACGAGGCGU